AUGCUUAACUUCCGAAGAAAGAAGUCGGCAGAGUCCGAGGCAACGGCGCAAGAGGCCGUCGCCGUCGACGAUGCGCCCCGCCAACCGUUCCGGAAGGCCAUUGUGCCCGUCAUCGCCUGCGGUGCCGGUCUCUUCUCCGACGGUUACAUCAACAACGUCAUCGGAUCCGUCACCACGAUCCUCGCACUGCAGUACGGCGACCUCUAUAAGAACUCCAACGCCAAGAAGUACGUUGGCGACAUCGCAUUUGCUGGCACCGUCGUUGGACAACUCGCGUUCGGCUGGCUCGCUGACCAUUGGUCGCGAACCAACUCGCUGCUCGUGUCGACCGUUAUCCUGCUCGUCUUCACUGCGCUCGCCGCCGGAUCCUAUUACAAGGGUGACGAUAUUGGCAUGUUCAACAUCCUGGCCGCAUGGCGAUUCUUUGUCGGUAUCGGCAUUGGAGGAGAGUACCCCGCGGGUAGCGUCGGCGCAGCAGAGUCCACCGGCGAGCUAAAGUCGGGUUCGAGAAACUUAUGGUUCAUUAUGUUCACAAACACCAUGAUUGAUUGGAGCAUAGCAUUCGUGCCAUACGUCGUCGCAGCCGCUUGCCACAAUGGUCACUACAGCACCAUCUGGCGCACCAGCUUGGGCAUCGGCGUCGUAUUCCCCAUGUUCCUCUUCGCCCUCCGUCUCUUCGUCAAGGAGCCCGAAGCAUCGACCAAGAACUCAAUGCGCUACGCGAAGACGCCCUACCAUCUCUCACUCAAGUUUUACGGAUGGCGCCUCUUCGUCGUCAGCUUGAUCUGGUUCAUCUAUGAUUUCUCCGCUUACUCCUUCGGUAUCUACUCCUCAACAAUCUUGAGCAACCUGUAUGGAGAUACGGCCCCGCUCACCACCGUCUUCGGCUGGAACACGGUCAUCAACCUGUUCUACAUCCCCGGUACCAUGCUUGGCGCCCCGGCCUCGGACUGGCUUGGUCCUCGCUACGCCCUCGCCCUCGGUGUCUUCCUGCAGGCCGUCGUCGGCUUCAUCAUGGCCGGCGACUAUUUCAACUUAUCGCAGCCCGGCAUGGUCGGCGGCUUUGUCGUCGUCUACGGCAUCUUUUUGGCGCUCGGCGAGUUCGGUCCCGGUAACAACAUCGGUCUGCUUGCCGCAAAAACUUGUGCGACGGGCAUUCGCGGCAAGUACUAUGGUGUCGCUGCUGCCAUUGGCAAGAUUGGCGCUUUCGUCGGUACAUGGGUUUUCCCGUACAUCCAAGCAGCCGCCGGUGACAACGCCGUCGCCUCUGCCCAAUACCCCUUCUGGGUAUCCUCCUCGCUUUGCGUCUUGUCCGCCGCCCUCGCGAUUUUCUGCCUGCCGCACAUCGGCCAAGACACUAUUGCACUCGAGGACGCGCGCUACCGCGCUUACUUGGAAGCAAACGGCUACGACACCCGCCAGCUCGGCAUGAAGAGGGGCGAGAGUUUCGAGAACACCGAUGCUGAGAUUCCCGCUGAGGGCCUGACUGAGACUACCAAGGGCGAGAAGGUGGCGGCUUAG